GUUUCGUUCUGUUUCGUCAUCACGAUCGCACAGCAGCAGCAAGAGCAGGAGUGAAGCGAAUGAAUGCUGAAUAGUGAACACCUGAAAAUUAAUAAUAGGAGUGCACAAAGUUUUGUUGUUGGUGUAUAGUUUGUAUUCCUUAUUAGUGUACUACAUUAAAUACACAAUACACUUGUAUUAAGUGUAUAUUUCAAAUUUGUUUUAUGUUCUUGUUUUUAGUGGUGUGAAAUUAACAAAUGAGUGUGAUGGGUGACAAAGGUCAGCCACCUCAACCAUGGCAGUACCCCAUGUAUGGAGGGUACAACCCUUACCAGCAAUAUCCUUCUUAUGAACCACAGCACUUUUUUAACUAUUACCAUGGGGCAAUGCCGUAUGGGCACAUGAAUGGCCAACCUCCCAACAUGAUGCAUGCAGGAUUGAAACAGUUUACUCCUGGAGGUCAACUACAGGCCUUUAAUCAGGAAAAAGCCAUGGAGGAGAAGGAGUUAGAAAGAGAUGAUGGUAAUGACUUGCCUCCCCUCCCUCCAGGUCCUCCUCCUUCUAGUCUGCCUCAGCCAUCGCCUCCCGGCAGCACCUCAUUCUUCCAACAGAACAACCAAGGUGUGGGUCCAAUCAGGUUCAACAUGAACCGACAACAGCGGCCACCAUUCCCUGCUCAAGCGGUUUUCAAUAACAGUGGUUCCUCCAAGAAGAAACGUAAGAAGAAGAACAAGUUCAACCAGCAGAACCAGAACCAGGGUCAAAACCAGAAUCAGAACCAGGCGGCAUUUGUUCCUCCCUUGCCUCAACCCCUUCCUCCCCAGGCAAUCAAAGCUCCACCUCUCCCUCCAGGACCCCCACCUGUUUCGCCCAAACCCGUGCUGGAGGAGGGCAAGCCCAUUCUGCUACCUGAGCCUAAACCCAAGCCCCAAGCCAACACACUUGAGACCGUUGGACAACAGGAUUGGCCCAAAGAGUUGCAGAACUACAUAACUAGCUGCUAUGCCAAGUGUCAGAACGCUGUUGACAAAGACAGAGUAGGCAUCAUACUAAAGGGCAAGAUCAUAAGAGCCACUAACGAUAAUACCCUUUGGAUCAAGGACUGGUCUAAGGAACCUCUUCCAUUACUGGAAAGCGAGAUGGCCACAGCAACUGUGCUACCUGUGUUUAAGCCAGAGCCAAAGAAGCGGCUGUCUACAGCUCUUACCAGCCGAUUGGGUCUUAGGUUACGGUCGCGGUCAAGGUCUAGCUCCAGGUCAAGGUCACGAUCCCCACAGAAGCCGCGUCAGCGGUCACCACCCCGUGGACGUAGACGUAGAGACAGGGGUGGAAGUUCUGACAGUGAAAACGAUUGGACACCUCCCCCAACUGCCAAGAAGGGCAAGGGAAGAAACCUGGACCAUAGCUUCAGUAAGAGAGGUGGCAAGGGCAAAAAUAAAGGAAAAGAGAAAGGUCAUUUCUACUCUGAGUUUGGAGAAGGAGAUGUGCCCGUGAACAGUGAACUGUUGGAAAAACGGGCGGCCAGGUUCAGUGGUGGCCGCUCAGGACGCUCAGUGAGACCCCCCACCACCCCCACUGCCAACAUGACCAUCAGCUUGUUCGAAGACACCAGUGGAGAUUUUGAUUUGGAGGAAUGCCACAUAGUCGGUGUUUGUCAGGACAUAGAAAAACCCUACCUGCGUUUAACAGCUGCACCUGAGGCUUGCGCUGUUAGACCUCCAGAUGUCCUCAGACAGUCGCUUUUGAGGGUGAAGGAACGCUGGUUACAGAACCAGGACUACCACUACGCCUGUGAGCAGCUGAAGUCCAUCAGACAAGAUCUGACGGUGCAAGGAAUCAGGGACAAGUUGACAGUGAGUGUAUAUGAGACCCACGCACGGAUUGCACUGGAAAAGGGUGACAAUGCGGAGUUCAACCAGUGCCAGUCGCAGCUGAAACUGUUGUAUGAGGAACUGCCGACGGACAACCAACGGGAGUUCACUGCCUACCGGAUACUCUACUAUAUAUUUACAAAGGAGAACAUGGAUCUCAACACUGUGAUGACAGCGCUGACAGAGGAGGACCGAGGAGAUGAGUGUGUCAGUCACGCUCUGCAUGUACGCUCGGCCUGGGCGCUCGGUAACUACCACCGCCUGUUCCUGCUGUACAGAGCAGCACCACGAAUGUCCUCCUAUCUCAUGGAUUGGUUCCUCCCACGCGAGCGUAAAUUGGCACUCAAGAGUAUAGUUAAGGCCUACCGACAAACGCUCCCAGUCUCUUUCCUCACGCAGGAGCUGGCAUUCCAGACAGAUUUGGCGUGUCACGAGUUUUUGUCCCAGUUUGGCGUGGUUUACGCGGACGGGGAACGGACCAAGAUCGAUUGUAAGAUGAGUGCGACAUCAGUGGGCAGUGCGUGAAGGACCUCACCGGACAAUAUAGACUGUGUUCAAAUCAAAUGUGAUAAAUUUCUCACUCGGUGUUCAGAGUCGACUCAGUUCAAAAUUUUUGUGCAUAAAAUAAUUUUCGUCGUGAAAUUUUAUACAGUAAUCCGCCUCAGGAAGUGGCUACUUUCCCAUCCUUUAUCCAGUACAAAUCGUUUAACUGUUUUCCUUGUUAUGCUAUUGCCUUUCUUCCCAGUAGUCCGCCUUCUGUGGUGACUGAAGAAGAUGCACAAAAUUUAGAGCCAAGAAUCUGUAAUUUUACAGAAAUAGAUUUUAGAAGUGAUUGAGAAGGAAGUUUAUAGCUCUAUCCAAAUAAUGGAUACAUUUUGCAAGAAGAGCAAUCAAUAUGCAUUCUAGCAUGUAUAGAGGAUAAUAAGUUGUUACCAUUUGAGAUAAAAUCUUUUUAAGCAUUGACAAGGUCAGAUGAUCCUGAAAAGAAGCGUUAAAUAGUAGUAAACAAGAUGGUAUAAGUGAAACAACCAGCAAGUACAAACCAGAUUUGUUUUCAAAAUGAGUAAACAACCCAACAGUAUUCAACGGUACAUGGAAAACAUUCAAAACACAGAGAAACAGAAAGUUUGAUAUUAGAAUCCUAAAAUGUGAAAUGGAGAAAAAUCUUAAGAAUAUUCCAACAUCAGAUAUAUAAUAACCAAAGAUUUAAAAUUUAAUUUAAUCAAUUAAAAAGAAACCCUUAAUAUGGAAUUUAAAUCAAAUGCAUCCAAUACUGAAAGAAAUUGUAAUAUUGGAAUGGGAACAUGGCUUAUGUGGCAAAAAAUUCAUCAAACAGGUGUGUUAAAAGAUUAUUUUUGCUGUGAGUGAACGAUUAAAUUCAAUUGGAAGUUUUUAAGAUUCUUAUUAGGAUUGAGUCUACAGUCAAAGCAUAAAUAAAAGAUGCCAUUAAUCAAGAUUCUCCCUACCUCUCUUUCUGUUUGUUAUAUUGGUUUUGGACUAAGCGUGUUCACCAAGGGUCUUAUAUAUUUCUGGCACUUACAAAUCUAAUGUUUUUAGACCUACAAAUACAUGUACAGGAUAAAAUAUAAACGUUUUUCAAAUAUGAAAAGAAAAUAAGGAAAUUUCUUUCCAAAAUGUGAAAUCAUGUGGUUAAUGAAACUUCAGUUUAUGUAUUUCAAACGAUUUGGGAAAACAUACCAAAGUUAUUGGAAGAAACAUGAGCUACAUCAUUAUGAUUUGAAAAAAACAAUUACUGCAAACCCAACUUAAUUCUACAACAUGGUUACCCGUAGAAUAGGAUUUAUGGAUUUUCUAAGUAAAAUAAUGAUACUCAAAUUUUAUAAUUUGUAAAUAAAAUUAUUGAAAAUAAGAAGAUAAAUUAAAAAAAUUGUAGAAGACAAUUUUUAAUGUUUAAUGUGAAGAAACAAUUAUUUCUACACACAAUAUUAUUUUACAACAUGGUUGCCUGUGGAAUAUUUGGAUUUUCAAAUAACGAGACCCAAAUCUCAAUAAUUUUACAGAAAAUUAUCAACUGCUGCUCAGUAGAUGAAAAGCAGACUUAAAUAAACCAGGAAAUACGUAAGACGUCAUUUAUUUGCAUGAUUCAUUGGACUAGUUUGAAUGAAUUUUUAGAUUUGUUCUUCAUUGUUCUACUUGAAGAAAAGAAAAUAUCGAAGUUUGGACAAAGAAAUUUUGUUUUCAUCUGGUGAAGAAAAGAAGAUCUAAAUGAAAGUAAAUUUGAAAAAGAUGUUAAACAAGAAACUAGAAGACAAAGUACUGCAGUAACAUCAUCUCCUAGUUUACUUCCUGUUUCAUUUUAUCCUAGAUUCCUCAUUUUCAUUAUUUCUCAAAAACAUCACUUUCUCUAUGCAAUUUACUCAUUCCAACAUUUUCUCUCCAUUGUCCAUCCUUUUUACCAUUGUAUUUUUCCAUUUCAUAUUUUUUUACUGUUUGCCUGUUUUCUAAUGAGUAUUUUUCAGAACCAUAGCACGACGGAGUUGGUCAAUGCCAGGUACCACCACAACGCCAAAGAUAUGACAACUUGCUUCUGGGAUUUGAUGCUUUGUCAACUUUGCAGAUUUGUACAACUCAGGCGUACUUCUAUUUUAUACUUCAAUAUCUGUAUAUAAGAAUACAUAAAAGUUAGUACAGCAGUUGUACAUGGUUAGUAAAAUUAUUUUUUAUUUAUUGUAUAAAUUUAGAUUGUUAAUUUUAUACAGGAUUAAAUUGUGUUUUUAGCAAUGCCUUGUUAUGUUUAUUAGUUUUAGGUUUUGUAUAUAAUUAGUAAGAUAAGUAUUAUUCAAUAUAGAGAAUGGGAAAUGAAAUUGUGUUACUGAUUCAUAGUAUAGUUCAACAGGAAAUCUAAUAUCUUGAAACAAUAUCAAGUAUAAAUAAUAAUAACCAUUGUUAAAGAUGAAUGACGGUUUCUUAGAAUGAUAUUUUAUUCAAAAUAUUGUUGGACACCAAUUGGUAACAUAAUUUAAUUUUAAAAUUGUGUGAUUAAAGUUAACUAAUAUUGAAGGAUAAUAAUUUGCAAUUCUUUAUUCUGUGCUCGAUAUAAAAAUAAUGAAAUGUUGUAACUGGUAUCAACAAGAAGACAAAAAAAAUAUUUUUAAUUCUUUAGGAUCCUGUGAAGAUAGAGGGUUUUCAGUUUGAAUUUAAACCCUUUCCAAUAUACUUAAUUCUGUAUAUAGAAUACUAGAACAUUCUGAAUAAAACUAGCCAAGAAAUAAGAGACAUAGUAUGCAAUUGCUGCUUAUAUUGAUGUUUUGUAGUUCUGGUUGUUACAGCUGCAAAUGGAUAUGCUAUAACAACUUUCUUUACUAUAUAUUCUAGUUUUAACUACAAAACCCAAAAUAUGUAGGUGUAAAUCCGGUUACAUGUUUAUCAAAAUUAAGAGAUUUCUCACCAUACACCUCUUUUUCAAUCAGUCACUUAAUAUAGAGCAAUCUUUUGUUAAGUUUAUCAUUUUGCAUCAUUUAAUGAGGUUUAGCUGACCCCUAUAUUGCAGAUGCAAACAAAUAUUACAAACUAACAUCGUUAUUUUGAAUUACAGAUAAAAGCUCUAACCACUGAUGUAAAGUCAUACUUUUAGAAAUCCAAGUAAAGUGAGUACAUAUGUGAACGCAUUGGGAUUUUUCAACUAUGUAGACACUCUUGAUAAUAGUAAUAGAGAUGAUGAGGGAAUGGACGUUUUUUGUAAAUUUAUAUGUUAAUAAAUAUGGUUUAAUUAUACAUUCUAGGUAGACAGAAUGUAUAAUUCUGGUUUAACUUUUCUGGUUUAAUUUUUGAAGGGAAACGGCCAAAAUUAACUUUAAUGGUACUUGAAUUUUUAACACAACUGAAUCAUAUUAUGUUUUAACUAAUAUUUCACUGUAACUGUCAUACCAAUGACGUUGGUGAUUUAUGCUCAUUGAUUGUCUUUGUGAAUGUUUGGAAUCUAAUGGCACAAUGAGAACAUUAUCAUUCUUAAUUCACAGAUUUAAGCCUUUGAGAGCCAAGUGUGAGUGUUGUACGGUCAGUGCCAGUUACUCUUGGUAUUUGAGUAAUGUUCCACAAUUAACAACUUUUUUCAAAAAUUAACAAAGAGUUGGUUUUUGUUUACUGUGUAGGAAAUUUGUUUAAAUUUUUAAAUAGAAAAAUCAUAAUUAAAAAAUAUUUAAUUUAUUUGACCUUUUUAUUAAUCCCUAUUUAAAUAGGAAUAAAUAUACCAAGUUUAUAAAUAGCCUAUAUUUAAGUUUAGAUUUUUUUACAUAUUAGUGCAAAAUGUUGAAAAUCUGCACUCACAGUUUGACUGUCAUAUUUGCCAAAUAGCGUUUACCAUCUGUAAGAAAUCAGUCAAGAUAGAUAAUCUAUUUUUUUUAAUUUAUUAUGUAUAAAUUGAAUCUAUGUACAUUGCCAUAUGUCAACAUUUUUAGUAACAGAAUAAUAAAUAGUCAGAAAGUAAAUCCAACCAGUCCUCUUCACCUCUUCUGGGAGGGCAUUUCAUAGCUUCGCUCUUGCAUGUUGGCUUCCUCUCUGUGGAUGAACGAUGAUGUAUUGGAAGGCAUCAGUUCAGGACAUGAUGUAUAUUGUAGUUGUGAUAUUAGGCACUAGUUGGGAUUGGGUCAGGGGAUUAAGAUGCAUAUACUUAACAGUUUCCAGGGUAUAGAUGUUGAAAAUGGUAAGAUUCUUCAGUUUCCGAAAGGUCUGCCAGCAUGAUUCUCUUGCUUGAAGGUUUGCAAGGAUACAGAUAGCUCUUUUUUUAUAGACAAGUACCCUUUGCAAAUUGCCUUGUAUAGUGCUUCCCCAGACUACAAUUCCAUAUCGCAGAUCAGACUGAUAAAGGGCAUAUUACGCAGUUUUAGUUACAAAAUCACUGAUCUGUUUCAUUUUAUGGAUUAUAUAGAGUCCUGAACUGAGUUUUAGCAUUAGAAGUCUACAUGUUGUGUCCAUGCCAGGGAGUCAUCAAUUAAACCCCAAGAUAUUUUGUGUAGGUUCUUACUUCUACUUCAUACAGUCUUCCAGUUAUGUCUCUGUGUUUUCCCAGAAUUUGCUGUUUUGUUUUUCUCUUGUUGACAACAAGGUCAUUACUGUGGUAGUAUUGUGCCAUAUUGACAGCAGUGUAGGCAACUUUUUCAAGGUCUUUUUUUUUGUUUAGCAUGACAAACAGUGUUGUCUGUGUUCUGCUGUACUUUUCCAUGUAUUGAGAGAGUUUAUUAGUGUAGAGGAUGUAAGGAACUGGCCCGAGUACUGAUCCUUGGAUGAUGGUUUUGACCUCUGAUGUUGCUUGAUAUGUUAGCCUUCGAGUUAUGUACUUCACAUCUGCCAUCUGUCUUCGUCCAGUGAGAUAAUUUCAAAACCAGUUAUGUGCCUGUUCUUGUAUUCCAAGAGAAGUUAGUUUUGAUAAAAGAUGUUCACGGCUAAGACAGUUGAAAGCUUUACUAUAAUCUAGCAUGAUGGCUGUGGAUGUGUUUCCCUCUAUUUGGCCCACUAAGAACUGUACUAGAUCUAUCAGUGCUGUUAUCUUGGAUUUACCGGGCAAGAAGCUGUGCUGAGAAGAGGGAUAUCAAUGUUGUAGGGUGAUAAUUAGCUGUUUGAGUGGUUAGUCCCUGCUUAUAAUUUGGAUACACUUUUGAUAUUUGUAGUCCAGAUUGGAAUAUAUCUAUGUUGAAUGAUCUGUUGACAAUAUCCAAUAAGGGAUCAGUCAGUUGUUCUUUACAAUGUUUUCAAAAGUUUUGUUGAGAUAUUGUCGAAACUGCCAGUGUUCCAGUUUAAGGAUUGGAUAAGUUUUAAUAAUUCUUAUUUAUUUGUUGGUUUUGUAAUAUCUUUGGCUUAUCAAGUCACACUUGAUUGAAGCGUUUUAAUAGCUACAUUUGUAAAGUAAGUGUUAAGGUAGUUAGCAAUCAAUCUUGGGUCCUUAAUUUCUUUUUUAUUGAUGUCUAGAAUGGAAGGUAAGGUGUUUCCUUCUUUUGGAUUUCUUUUUGACUUUAUUAUCUGCAUAGUGAUUUUGAUUUGUUAUUGGCUCUUGACAACACAUUCACAUGGUCCUGUCGUCUUAGUUGUUUCAGCCUCAGAUCAUACUCUUUCUUUAGUUGUGCUGCAGUUAUUUUAUUGUUUUGACAUUCUGUAAUAUUGUUUAAGUCUUGGAUCCUAAAGAAUUCUGCCUUUAUUUGUACUAUGUUUAGGUGUUUUGUUCCUUUGUUUAACUAAUGGACAUACUAUAUCUAUAACGUGUGAUAGAAUCCUGUUUAAGCUGUUCUCAGCUUCUUCUGAAUCUCUUUUGGGCAAUAAACAUUUGUCCAAUCUUGCUGUCUGAGGAACUACUUUAAUUCAAGCAGAUUUUUAUUACUUAUGUUUCAUAAUAAGAGGUUACAGAGCCUUUUUCCACAUCUAGGGUUAAGCUGUAACUAGUCCAAUGAUAAUAAUUUCAUUUUAUUGUAUAUUUUUUAAGCCCAAUUGAUAUUAAACGUAUACCUAAGCUACAAUUGUGCUAACACUCAUGUCCUCUUUUUAUUUUUGUUGUGUAUGAUGUUUUUCUAUUGCCGUAGAUUAAUCACAUUAAUCAUAUUGUAACAUAUACAAAUAUUAUCAUGAUUAAUUUGUUCAUGAAAUGUAAGGAUAAAUAUGUAAGAAUGUAGCCUACUACAUAACAGAAUAUAAGGUUACUUGUCAACUAUACAUAGACACACACUAUUAACAUUACAGACAGUGAAAUAGUUAGGUCGGAACAGUUCCGAUAAAUGAUAAUAUUAGGAAUUUUACAAUGUCAGGAUAUGUUUGACGUACAAAGGGAAAGGUUUAAACUCAGUUGCUUCGUACCUAUCUCAUAAUUGAUUCAUUUUUUAGUACUAAUUUAGUAUCUUCAUGGGUUGUGAGUUUCAAAAUACAAUUCAAUCCUUGUGGAAUGUUUUUGCUAUAAUCUCUUUUCAUCUUGAAGUAUGUUUAAUUGAUUGUAAAUCAUCCUUCACCAUGUCUCAUAUGUGAUUAUGAACAUUUGGAUUGAGAUCAAACACUACAAGUAUGUGAAUCUGGUCCAAAAUGAAAACUGGAACAUCACAAAAAUGUGAUUGGUAUUUUUUAAUGCAUGUUUGACAUGGUCGGUAAACAACAUGUUAAAUUGUCAGACUAUAAUAUAGUAAUUGCAUUUACUGACACUGAUUUGCCUCUAUCUUCACAUUAUUUUACAGAUCCAUCAUAUAAAACAGGAGUAUGGUUUUUAAUAUUAAGAAUUAAUAGUUUUAUUUUCAUCUUAAUUUUUAAUUACCAAGACCUUAGUUGUAUAAUUUUUAAUGCUAACUGAUAAGAAUAAUCAUUCCAUAUGGCCUUGUUACUCUACAAUACCAAGCAGACAGAAGCAAUAAAAACCACCAGUGCAGUUCCACAAUACAAGUAGUGAUUUACAUAUCCUUUAAUUGUUGACACCUUUUAGAAUUUUGGUAAAGUAAGGUAUCUCAUCUCGAGUUUGAUAAUUAUUUCUAUCUGAAUGGUUUGUUUCAUUAUCAAUUCUCCUCUUUUAUGAUAAAUUAUAUACAUUAAGUUACUAUAGUAGUUCAAAACCAAAUAAUUUAUUUCGUCUUUUGAGAAAAUCAUUGGUAUGAGUUUAAUUGUGGUUUUUUAAUAUACUACUUGAAUCAUAAUAAAUUGUCACAAACAUUAGAAUGUAAGUUAUUUCUCUCCAGGAAAUAUUGCCUUCUGUCCUCACUAUUUCUUACAUGAUGGCUCAUUUGAGUGUAUUUGCAUAGAAUAAGUCAUUUUCUGUGCAUGAUGUAGAUUGAUUAGAAAGAGAACAGAGUGAAUAAAGACAUGAACCAUUAUCAUAAAAA